GUACAUGGCCAUCAUGCAUCCUCUUAAACCUCGGAUGUCUAGGAAGACGACACUCAUAAUUACUGUGUGCAUCUGGGUGGCUGGAAGUCUUCUUUCCCUUCCCAACCUCAUCUACUCCACCACGAUCACAGAAACGUUCAAAAACGGUGAUUAUCGGAUCAUUUGUUUCAUGGUCUGGCCUGACGGAUACUCCAACGAUAGUUACACCGAGUACAUCUACAACGUUAACAUCCUGGUCCUUACCUACAUCCUGCCGAUCUCCUCUAUGACAUUUACCUACUUCCGAGUAGGCCUAGAGCUGUGGGGAAGCAAGACUAUAGGGGAGUGUACAGAGAAACAGUUGGAGGCAACCAAAUCAAAACGAAAG